AUGGAGCGGCUCAGGUCGAAGAGUUCUUCAUCAACUCGUGUCGAUGCUCCUCUGUUCUUUCGGGCGGGUGUACUCUGGUUCUUGGAAGUGGCUCGGAGCAACCUAAGCUCGAGCAAUGCCUCAUCGCGUUCCCUAGUAAGGGAGUUGAUGGUCUGCAUGGCUUCGUUGAGAUCACGUUGCAGCGUUCGUAGAGACGCAACGAUUUGUUUCUCAUCGGCAGGGAUCGUGUAG